AUGUUCCGCUCACUGGCACCCCGCGCCAUGCAGAGGGCGACGCGGCCCGUCUCCAAAAAGACAUUUUGCGCAUCCAACAUCUACUUCCAGAACCGGUUACGACGAGGCUAUGCGUCCGAGGCUGAGGACAAGGACCUAGUCAUCAUCGGUGGUGGUGUCGCAGGCUAUGUCGCAGCCAUCAAGGCAGGACAGGCGGGCAUGAAGGUCACCUGUAUCGAGAAGCGUGGCUCCCUCGGUGGAACCUGCUUGAACGUCGGCUGCAUUCCCUCAAAAUCGCUCCUGAACAACUCGCAUCUCUACCACCAGAUUCUCCACGAUACAAAGGGUCGCGGUAUCGAGGUCGGCGAUGUCAAGCUCAACCUCCCCGCCAUGAUGAAGGCGAAGGACACAUCCGUCUCCGGUCUCACCAAGGGAAUCGAGUUCCUUUUCAAGAAGAACAACGUCGAAUACAUCAAGGGCACUGGCGCAUUCCAGGACGAGCACACCGUCGCUGUCAACCUGACCGAGGGUGGCGAGACCACCGUCCGCGGCAAGAACAUCCUCAUCGCCACUGGUUCCGAGGCUACACCCUUCCCUGGCUUGACCAUCGACGAGCAGAAGGUCAUCACAAGCACUGGCGCUAUUGCGCUCCAGGAAGUGCCAAAGAAGAUGACUGUCAUUGGCGGUGGUAUCAUCGGACUUGAGAUGGCUUCCGUAUGGUCGCGUCUCGGCUCUGAGGUUACCGUUGUCGAAUUCUUGGGCCAAAUCGGUGGCCCUGGCAUGGACAACGAGAUCGCCAAGCAGACACAGAAGAUCCUCACAAAGCAGGGUCUGAAGUUCAAGCUUAACACCAAGGUUACCGCCGGUGAGGUUCACGACGCUGGCGUCAACGUCAGCGUUGAAGCCGCCAAGGGUGGAAAGGAGGAGACCAUCGACUGCGACGUCGUCCUCGUUGCCAUCGGUCGCCGCCCAUACACCUCCGGUCUUGGUCUGGACAACAUCAACCUCGAGACCGACGACAGGGGCCGCCUGAUCAUCGACCAGGAGUACCGCACCAAGAUUCCCCACAUCCGCGCUAUCGGAGACUGCACAUUCGGACCUAUGCUUGCCCACAAGGCUGAGGAGGAGGCUGUCGCCGCCAUUGAAUACAUCCACAAGGGUCACGGCCACGUCAACUACGGUGCCAUUCCCUCCGUCAUGUACACCCACCCCGAAGUCGCUUGGGUCGGCCAGAACGAGCAGGAGCUCAAGGAGGCCGGUAUCAAGUACAAGAACGGAACCUUCCCCUUCUCCGCCAACUCAAGAGCCAAGACCAACCUCGACUCUGAGGGUAUGGUCAAGUUCCUGGCAGAUGCCCAGACUGACCGGAUAUUGGGUAUCCAUAUCAUUGGUGCCAACGCCGGUGAGAUGAUCGCAGAGGGCACUCUUGCUCUCGAAUACGGUGCUAGCUCAGAGGAUGUUGCCCGCACAUGUCACGCUCACCCCACUCUCGCUGAGGCGUUCAAGGAGGCUGCCAUGGCCACCUACGACAAGGCUGUUCACUACUAG